AUGGCCGACUCGAAGCCCAUCGCUCCAGGUCGUCUGAUCUUGGUGUGGUACGGGGGCGCGAAGGCAUAUUGGCACGAUCGCCUGCUGCUGUGCCAAGUCCAAGGAACGUCUUGGGUGAUAGCAACACCCGAUGACGACAUCUAUGAAGAAGACAUCAUGGUGCUCGGUGGCCGUCCGUGCAUGCAAGGGUCUGUGCCGCAUACGAUCCCUGCGAACGCUCUGCUCUACCGCCUCCCGCCGCUCGGUCAGUUGCACUCGAACGCGGAGUGGCGCCAGAUCUUCGAUGAUGGGAUCGCGGAGGCCCAGAUGCCCAGGGCUGCCCUGGGGGUCGAUGAUGUCGCGGCUGACGCCGAAACAGUUGCCGUUCGCGAUCGUGUGGCUGUUCACGGCUGGGACGAUGGGAGUGGGCUUCCUGGGGGACAGGCCGCUGCAGCGCCGCCCGCCGCAGGAGGCGCCCUGGUGCCCGCCGCCGCUGGGCCCCCCGCUGGAGCCGCCCCGCCGCUGGCGGGAGGGGGAGCCCCGGCUGCCGGUGGCGCCGGAGUGCUCGCGCCCCCGCCCGGGGCCGCCGCUCGGCCCGCUGGGCCUGCCGUGGUGGCGCCCGCCGGGGGUGCGCAGUGGAUCGUCGUGGCCAGCGACGGGCAGCCUGGGGCCCCCAGCGUGGGACAGGACUGGAGUGUGGAUGCCAACGCCAUCAUCCAAGGGAGGUUUGCCUUCGUCAAGCUGGGGGCCGCUACGCUUGUCCUGGAGUGCGUCGGGGCGAGGAAGCGCGAGCUGGAGGCUGCUAUCGCUGCCGUGCCCGCGGCUGGCCGCCUGGCGGCAGCCAUCGCGGGCCCGCCGACGGCUGGGGCUCCCGCGUCCGCGGACUCGCCAGUCCGCGCGGCCGAUGCCCGAGCGCUUCCAGUGCUGUGCGACCAGAUGGGGCAGAGGUUCCGCCCGUGCGCCGAUGGGGUUGGUCUGCUGGAGGAGCCGCCGUGGAAGGACUUCCCCAUCCAAGGUCCGAGGACAAUUCUACGGCUGUGCAACUUUAUUCGAGACCAGGGCUGUGUUCCUCGGACCAGAACGGAGAAGUGGAUGCGGGACGCUCACAUUCCAGACAGCGACAGGGUCAAGCAUCAGCAUGGCAGUGUCAUGGAGGCCUACAAUGCCAACCCGAAGGCGCCGCGGUUCGAAGGGGGUGAGCACUUCCAGGGCCUCGGCAAGAAGGUUGCGGCGGUCGCGCCGCUGUUCACCUCGCGUGUUGCUCUGCAGCUUCAAGGCGAGGGCGACGGCGAGAUUUUGUUUCAGGCGUGGCUGAUGGUCGCCAGCGUGGCCUCUUGCCGCUGCCUCGCCACCAGGCGCGGCGAGGAGAAGUUGAAGGCAACUGUCCUGCAUUUCUACCCGAACCUCAAGAGGCUCAACACCAAGCCGCUGGCCAGGUUCGAGAGGCCCCUCAAGGCGUGGAGACGACGGCGGCCAGCAUUGGGUCGGUUGCCAUCGCCGUAUCCGACCGUCUGCGGACUUGCUGUGGCCCUUCAUCUCGUGGGUCGCACGGGUGUGGCCGUGGCCGUGCUGGUCGCGCUCAGCGCCUACUUGCGGCCCGGGGAGCUGUGUGGGCUCUGCGUGCGCGAUGUCGCCCCGCCCGCAGUUGGCUUCGGGCCUGCCUACCAGAGCUGGUCGCUCAUCCUCGGGCCCUCCGACGACAACGGGGACCCGCAGUUGGAGGUUCAGAGGCGCGAUCGGUGUGCCAGCAUCAGCACGCUGAUUAUAAGCGAGAAAUCAAGCGAGGUCAAUGCCAGGCUGGUGGAGCUGCCGCCGGACGUCCAGGAGUACCGCGAGUUCUGCUGCUCGCACCUUGGCGACGUCCUCCUCGGCAGG